AUGCUCACUAAAAUCCUAUACCUCCCCCUCUCAACCCUAACACACACCCUCAUCCACCUCCUCGCCAUCCUCCUCUUCAUCGCCCUCAUCAUCGUAACCUACCUCCUUUACACCAUCCGUUUCCUCUCCAACCUCACCGGUCUCACAUCCCUCCUCUACUACCUCGGGAACCAAUUUCCUACGAUCCUCAAGAAAAAAGUUUCGAUAGUCUACGAAGAACGUCGAGAACUACGACGAAAAUAUGCCGAAGCCCGAACCGAAAGAUUACGCGAAAGAAAUGAAGUUGGCGAAAAAGAAAAAUUACAAAUGCGCGAAGCGAUGCGAAGGGUAGCGUGGAAGAGGGGGGUGGGAAAGAUGGAUUAUGGAACUGACAUGUCGGAAGAUGUAAAAUCUAAAUCACAAGGUGAAGCUGAGAAAGAUACGGAUGCAAAGAUUGAAGAAUGGAUCGAAGACGAAGUCUUGAUACAAGAUCCCAAGGAACUACAAGAAGAACUUGAGAAAUUAGAAAGGAGAGCGGAUAUUGGGAAGAAGGCAGGAUAUUGGGAUGAGGAACAAGCAAGAGCAAGAGAGGCGGCGAGAAUUUUGUUGAGGAAUGGGGAGGUGGAGGAAUUUCCUAGGUUUGAGGAUAUGGAUACUAGGGAGUGA